CGGCGGUGCGCUGUGUCCCUCGGACACAGCGGAUCACCAAUCCACAGAAAGAGCCGAAGAUGUCGGCUCGGUCAUGUGAUCAGCUGUCAGUGCCACCUGUCAGUGUCCAUCAGUGCCAGCUGUCAGUGCUCAUCAGUGCCACGUGCCAGUGCCCAUCAGUGCCACAUCGAUGCCACAUAUCAGUGCCUAUCAAUGCCACAUAUCAGUGCCCAUCUGAGCUACCUUUCAGUGUCACCCAUCAGUGCCAGUCAGUGCAACUUAUCAAUGCCAAUCAGUGCCACCUAUCAGUGAUGCCAAUCAGUGCCACCUGUGAGUGCCAGUCAGUG